AUGUCUAGCCGCAGCGCAACCGCCGACAUUGGCCUUCGCGAUUGUACUCGCUAUAUCACUGGCCACAAUGACGAGGCAAAAAGUGUCUUUCUGCCAACACCGGACUUGUUCCAUCAUCAGCGCCGUGGGUACUCGGUGGCAAGGGCAUACACUGUGCCUCGGGCACCUGCCCCCUUGGACCAAAAUACCGAUCUCGAACUCUAUCAAGCUGCAUACGACGGCACCGAAGCUACUUCCUGUAGUAAAGAAGGCCCGAAUGUGGUAGUCGAUAGUGGUGUCAACUCUGUUUAUAUUGAUAUGACCCCUGGAGCUCAGUCGAAGAUGCAUCGGACUGUUUCUAUCGAUUUGGUGGUCGUCAUCGAAGGGGAGAUCGAGCUGGAGCUCGACUCGGGGGAGAAAAAGUUGCUCUGUCCUGGAGAUACUGUCGUACAGCGUGGAACGAUGCAUCGUUGGACAAACCCGUCGAAUACCAAGCCGGCCAGGAUGUUGGCUGUCCUCGUAUCUAGUGAGAACGCCCGAAUUGGCGGUCAUGAACUCAAGCAGGAGUAUCUGCCUGAUUGA